AGACCAAUAUGGGAAAGCGCCUUGUACCUGCAAUACUGCUUGUAGCAGUUUUAUUUCUCAGCAUCGCAGAGAGUUUCAUCAUUCACCCAGAUGAUCUUCACGAUGAAAAGCACCUUUGGGAUCUGUACAAGAGAUGGGUCCGCUCCUUCAACGUGUCGAGAGCGAAGGCCGAGAUGCUCAGGCGCUUCCCUGUAUUUGUAGAGAAUGUGCGAUUCAUUGAGGCGUCCAACAAAAAUGGCGUUUCCUUCAAGCUUCAACUAAAUGCCUUUGGCGACCUAACAAAUGAAGAGUUCCUGUCAAUAUAUGCUCGCUACAGACCAGAUCCUAGUGCCAUGAAGAAUGCCACUGAAGUUUUCAAGUAUGGGAGUUAUGGUUAUACUCCUAGCUCGAUAGAUUGGAGGGCCCUUGGAGCAGUAACUCCUGUUAAGAAUCAGCUACAGUGCGGGUCCUGCUGGGCGUUUUCGGCAGUGGCAGCAAUCGAGGGCUUGAACAAGAUCCAGAGUGGGAGGCUGGUUUCAUUGUCAGAGCAGGAGCUAGUUGACUGUGAUUUCUUCGAGUAUGGGUGCCAAGGCGGAGACGCACGCAAAGCCAUUUACUUUGCUUCGAUGAAGGGUGGCCUUACCACAGAAAGCAACUAUCCAUACUUUGGCUACCAGUCUGUUUGUCAAACCACUAAGAUGGGAGAGCUUGCGGCAAGGGUACGUGGACUCGGGUUGGUGCCUUCGAAUAAUGAGCCCACCCUCAUGCAAGCUGUUGCACGUCAACCAAUAUCAGUUGCAAUUGCAGUUGACGCAACUAUGUUUCAAUUCUACAGUCAGGGUGUAUUCACAGGGCCAUGCGGAAAUAAUCUCAACCAUGCAGUCACCAUUGUUGGAUAUGGAACUACAGUUGAAGGAUCCAAUUAUUGGUUGGUGAAGAACUCGUGGGGAACCGAGUGGGGUGAGGAAGGAUAUAUAAAAAUGGCACGCGAUGUAGGGGGGCCUCAAGGGCUAUGUGGAAUUGCCAUGAAGCCAGCUUAUCCAGUAUAG